AUGGGCCUAUGUAUCAUCCUAGGAGACAAAUGUACACAGAAUAAAGAUCAACGUUUGGCCGGGGCUACACACCCUUUACUCGCGCACGCACACCGCCGUAUACAGCACAGUUGUUCACCGUCCCGCCAAAGGCUUGUCUCUCCGGCUCUGCCGAGUGGAAGGAGUCGGACAACGCCGCACGUCACGGGCGUUUCCGAUUCCUCGCUUCCCAAAGGUUUGACGGCGGCCACCGGCGCCCCGGCCCAGCUCUGCUUUUCUUUGCUGACUCCUUCCUUGAGCUGUCUACCACCACUACUGCGCUUGUGGAUGACAGCAGGAACGCCAGGUACUUGCCACAAGUAUCUCUCCAGAUUCACCAGCCUUUCACCUGUGACAAGCGCCGUCAAGAAGUGGCUCCUAAGUAAAAGCUGGGAAAGAACAAGGAAGAUAGAGCUCAGAGUUGAAAGCUAUGUGUCACUAACAUUUUUCUUUUUAGAUGAGUCUGAAGAACUCUUCGAAAUGAAGGAGAGCUGUCAUACUGUCUCAGAAAUAGAGCAAGACGCCAAAGAUAAAGGCCUGUUCAUCGCACUCAGGAGUUUCCUAAGGUUUCAUGUCCAGCGCGCUCUGGGGCCGCUCGGGUCCGCCCCACACAGCGGCUGCUCCUUCACGCGCCGGGAUGGAACCGGCUUUAACUCUCGGAGGCCAGACUCGGGGAGGGUGGCCUUUCCAUCGCCAUCCACACUUUCCGGCCGAGCCCGAGGAAAUUCAGACCCAUCUCUGACUGCUGGUGGUCGUGCAGCUGAAACUCCAGAUUUUCCGUGCACAGUAAAUCCAGGAGCUGCUGGCUUGGGACUUGUGGCCUAG